AACAAAAAUCAAGUGAGUCAAACUAACGCACUCACACAAAAAACUCUGCUCACUGCUCCGCUCUUCUAUCGAGACCCGACCCGCAAAAAAUGCGACCCAAAUCAGAUAACCCGGUUCCCCUGAGCUCCGGCGGCGGCGGCGACGCAUCCUCCGCCGCAUCGAUGGAUCCGAUCUUCCACAUCCUCCGCAUCCUCCCCUUCAGCUUCCUCCGUCCCCCUCGGCUCCGGCUGAAGCUACCAUCGCUAACCCUCCCCUCUCCCAACGCCGUCUUCGCCCUUCUCCUUCUCACCUACUUCAUGGUCAUCUCCGGCAUUGUGUACGACAUCAUCGUUGAGCCCCCUGGCAUCGGCUCCACUCAGGACCCCUACACCGGCUCCGUACGACCUGUCGUUUUCAUGUCAGGGCGCGUCAACGGCCAGUACAUCAUCGAAGGCCUCUCCUCUGGCUUCAUGUUCGUUCUCGGCGGCAUCGGGAUCAUCCUCUUGGAUCUCGCGCUCGAUCGCAACCGCGCCAAAACCGUAAAGGUCUCUUACGCCUCAGCCGGCGUUUCCUCUGUCGUACUCGCUUACGUCAUGAGCAUGCUCUUUAUCCGCAUCAAGAUCCCUGCUUAUCUUAGAUGAUUUAAUGAACUAUCUUCUAUUUCAAUUUUUCUGGAAUUUUGCGUAUUUUGUAGUUUGGCUCACUGUACCCGAGGUUGAGGUUUCGAUUUCGGAUUUUCUGGUUAUGAGGAUGCUGUUUAGGGUUACUGAAUUGGAAGGUCUAUAGUAAUUGGAUCUGAUUCGGUGUUAUUUAUAUUAUGAGUGCUU